AUGCAGUCGGCUGGCGGCGACGUGGAAGCCCAGGGCCGCCGCCCGCAAGUGCUCGUGGUGGGCGGUGGCAUCGCGGGGCUGGGCGCGGCGCAAAGGCUCUGCCGGCACCCGGCCUUGCCGCACGUGAGGGUCUUGGAGGCCACCGGUCGCGCAGGGGGCCGCAUCCGCUCGGAGCGCAUGUUGGGUGCCGUGGUCGACACAGGUGCACACUGGAUCCAUGGGCCGUCCAAAGGCAACCCCGUUUUCCAGCUGGCCUCCGAGUAUGGGCUGCUGGGGGAGAAGGAGCUGUCUGAGGAGAACCAGCAGGUGGAGCUGGGCGGCCACUUGGGCCUGCCCUGCGUGACAUAUGCCAGCUCUGGUCGGAGCGUGAGCCUCGAGCUGGUGGCGGAAGUGGCCGAUCUGUUCUAUGCUCUGCUUGACCAGACGCGAGAGUUCCUGCAUGUGGCCACAGCCCCUGUCCCUAGCGUUGGAGAGUACCUGAAGCAGGAGAUCAGCCGGCGCUUGGCCGACUGGACAGAGGAGCAGGAGACCAAGAAGCUCAAGCUGGCCAUUCUCAACAGCCUCUUCAACCUGGAGUGCUGUGUGAGCGGCACACACAGCUUGGACCUGGUAGCCCUCAGGCCUUUUGGGGAGUACACCAUGCUGCCAGGGCUGGACUGCACUUUCCAGGGGGGCUACGAGGGACUCACCAGCCGCCUAGCAGCCUCCCUGCCCAAGGACGCCCUGCUUUUCAACAAGCCUGUGAAGACGAUUCACUGGAAUGGGUCCUUCCAAGAGGAGAAGGUUCCUGGGGAGACGUUUCCUGUGCUAGUAGAGUGCGAGGAUGGGGACUGCUUCCCAGCACAUCACGUCAUCCUCACUGUGCCCUUAGGUUUUCUUAAGGAACAUCUGGACACCUUCUUUCAGCCACCGCUACCCCCCGAGAAGGCAAGAGCCAUCAGGAAAAUGGGCUUUGGGACCAACAAUAAAAUCUUCCUCGAGUUCGAGAAGCCCUUCUGGAAGCCAGGUUGCCAGCACAUGCAGGUGGUAUGGGAGGGCUCGUCUCCGCUGCAGGACGAAGAUGGAGCGCCUGUGCCGCGGGACGCCUGGGUCAAGAAGCUCUCUGGCUUUUUGGUCCUGCCCUUGUCUGGGCCUGUCCAUGUCCUCUGUGGGUUCAUCGCUGGGCUUGAGUCCGAGUUUAUGGAGACGUUGUCUGAUGAGGAGGUGCUUCAGUCCCUUACCCAGGUCCUCCGGAGGAUGACAGGAAACCCACAGCUCCCUGCACCCAGAAAUGUUCUGCGGACUCGCUGGCACAGUGCCCCAUACACCCGAGGCUCCUACAGCUAUGUGGCCGUGGGCAGCACGGGGGACGACAUUGACCUGUUGGCCCAGCCCCUCCCUGUAGAUGGUGCAGACGCCCAGCUCCAGAUCCUGUUUGCUGGGGAAGCCACACACCGGACAUUUUACUCAACCACGCACGGGGCACUGCUGUCUGGUUGGAGAGAGGCUGACCGGCUCAUUGGCCUGUGGGACACUGGCAGCUGA